UGCGUAAGAGCCGGGGAAUACCAAUGAUACGGGCACCCGUGUACUUCUCUGAGCUACUUUAUGAUCCUUUGAGCGUCGUGAAUCUUAUCAAACGAAGAGCGUCCUGACUCUAAUAGUCUUUCGCAUCCGUGUGCUGCUGCUAGUCUGUCACAGAUUGUGGUACAAGGCCCUCCAGCUGCCGUUUGCCUAGCCCAGCAGCCCCUUCAACUUCAGCCAGGGUCCAGAACUGAACACGCUCUCCUUUGGCCUACGACACGAAUUUUUGCAACUACUACCCAAAUUUUCCUCUUACAUUCGUUCUGGCGACGUGUGAACAGCCGUAAUUCAUAAUGGCGUCCAGCUUCUCGAGUUCUUUCUGGUCUGGCGACUAUGCUGGAGGCCUUGGAGUGUUGUUUGGGAAGCUUCAACAAGGUGUUCAGGAGAAUCAACAGGUUUUGACGAUUGCGCGACUGAGGGCCGACGCCGAAGAGCUCUACGGCAACAAACUUGGUACGAUCACAUCAGCGACAGACAACAUAAGCGGCGGCUUUCAACGAGAUGAGGGCGCUAGCGUACGCAAGGCUUACGAGGGUGUUCGCACUGAGAUGGAAGCUGCUUCUCAAAGUCAUAAAAAGAUCGCAUCAAACAUCCGGGAGCUUGUUAUAAACCCAUUCAGCCGAUGGUGUGAGGCGCAUGCCGCGCGCGUACAGAACUCCCAGGACGACCUCCAAAACAGAUCCAAGCUCCACGAUCGACAAGCUGAAUCUGUCCGCAAGUUUCGCAGUCAGUACUACAACAAGUGUCGACUUGUAGAAGACCUUGAAGAGGAGGACAAGCUUGCAUUUCAGGAUCCGAAGAAUGAAGCAGCGAGCCCGAAGCUAAAAGCACCUGCCUUGACUGUUUCGGAGCCAGAAAUCGAGGAUGAGCCCGUGGAGAUAGGUGAUGAGACCUAUGUACCUGAACAUAUCAAAAAGAUUCUCACCCAUAUGCUGGAUAACAUCAAGAUCGGCGAAGUUAAGGUCCCCAUUCUCGGUACCUACCAGAAUGUCUCGAACGGAGCCGACAUCACUGAAUACAUUCAAAAGCACAUGAACGCGAGCAGUGUAAGCUAUGCAGAGCGCAUUGGUCAAGACAUGGUCAAUAAUGGCUUCUUGAGACUCAUUGGCAAUGUCGGUAACACCUUUGCAAACAGCUCUAGAAUGAACUACCAAUGGAAGACCAAGGUGUUUCAACUGACCGGCAUACCGGAGAGGAAACAGGUAUUGUCUCGUUCUACCACCGUCAUGUCGCAAGACAGCAUUGACUCUCCAGUUGGUGCGGUCUCAGAGUAUCUCCAAGGAUGGAACCCCCUGAACAACCCAUAUCCAAACGAAACACCGUCAGAAAAGCUGCGGCGCGAGGCGCGAGAGUCCGAUGAGAGAUACAAGGCUUCAGUCAGGAAACUUGAUUCCUUACGUUGCAACCUCGAGGAAGCCAUGAUCGACCAUCUGAAAUUUAUGGAACGCUGUGAGCUUGAUCGACUAAAGGCGAUCAAGUCUGUCAUUCUAGACUUCUCAGGGGCUGUCAGCAACGUCAUCCCAAGUCUACAGAGCACUGUCGACAAGAUGAUGCUCUUUCAAGAGACUGUACAACCGUUCGGCGAUUUACGAUACCUGAUCGAAAGCUACCAAACCGGGCAAUUUGUACCGAAGGUCACGACCUACGAGAAUUAUUACAACUCGGUCGACGAACAUACUUUUGGCGUUGAUCUUGAAGCGAGAGCACGAUCGGACAGGAAACGUGUUCCCAUCAUUGUCACAACGCUUCUGACCUACCUAGACAAUCACUAUCCUGAGCUGGAAGGUGAUGAUGCGCGACGAGCUAUCUGGCUUGCCGAUGUUCCUCUUGCUUCAUCUCACCAUCUCCGUGCGCAAAUCAACACUGGGAAGCCUUUCCCCCACGAAAUUCUCGAAAACUAUGAAAUCCCAGUUGUUGCAAGCGUUCUUAAGUUAUAUCUGCUCGAACUACCUGAUUCGCUCGUUUCUUCCCACGUCUAUGAGAUUGUCAAGACUAUUUACUCUUCCACUACAGCGGCAGAUGCCUCGGAAGAUACUCGUAUCUCUGUUAUCCAGUCAACACUGGGUCAGCUACGUCUGGCCAAUAUCGCCACUCUAGAUGCUAUCACCACCCAUUUCACGCGUCUGAUCGAGCUCACGUCUGCAGGCGAGACAUAUGUUUCGAUGAUUGCUCAGAAUCUAGCACCAUGCAUUUUGAGGCCGCGACAAGAAUCGCCUUUGACAAUGCAUGAGCGCUACGCGUACAGACUUCUGCGCGACCUCUUUGCACAUAAGGAGGCGAUAUUCGGGGAACUGAAGCGUGCUUCGUCUUUGACUCAAGCACACUCAGCAGCUAUCACGACUCGUCCUCGAGGACCUAGUACAGAUGAGAGCAAUCGACGUGCCAAUAUGGAAGAGCGACAAAGAGCCAUUGCAAGUCGAUCUCGUGCUAGCAGUCCCGCUCCUGGCUCAAGGCCAUCUACGCACAGACGUGACAGGAGCGUAGGGGGACCUGAAACUAGGUUCCCCAUCCAGACAAGCCCUAUAGUCGGCAGGCGUCAAGAUGCAGCGCAUCGCCACUCACUUGAGGUACCCGGAAGUGUUGAGGCCUCCCCUAUUGCCACGAACGGAGCUGCGCCUCCAGCUAAUGGAAAUUCAACCACCGAAGACUCGAGCGUGUCAAAACGCGAUUCCAUCAGUCGCUCCACACGAUUUCCCCGUGCUGGUUCUUUGAAGCAGGGCGGUCUUGCUCGUGUUGCCAAUCGCGAUAGCGCAGGUAGCUUGGGUGAUGAUUCUCAGCGACCUAUCGGUGUCCAACUAGAGGAUAAGCCCAUGGACGAUUAGAUAACGCACUCCUCGAUGAUGUAUUGUUUUUUUUGCGGCGAUUGAGCUUGGUGGUAAGAGAGCGAACAGCCCAGCAGAGUAGGACAUUUGCAGCGGCAUUGCGAUCUAGUUACUGCCAGCGUAGAUGGCUGGCAUAUUCGCUUAUGUAGGUUUUUGCAUGAUGUAUGGAUAAAAUACAGAUUUUAUUUGUCCAACUUUCGAACUUCAGUCAGUAAUGACAGUAUCAAUAACCAGCCAAGUGAGCACAUAUUCGAGCUCAGGGGUAUGUAGGCUCAUCGAAAACGGUUGUGAUCAAGUCCUACGUCGAGUAUAACAGGUGAAAGUGAGACUCCUACCCCCAAC